UGAGACUUGGUUUAUUACAGAGGUCAUUCAUUCAUUCAUUGCAGAUGGCGACCAUCAACAUAACAUCCAUGAGUCAACGAUCCCGUGCCGACAGACAGACAGGCAGGCAGCCCCACACGCACCCAAGGCAGUCAGUAUCCAUAUAUAUCACUCUCUCCGUCACACGGCAUUCCGUCACUGUGUGUCCGAAUACACCGACCGCAUCACACACUCUUGUCUGCUGCCUCUCUGUCAGUUUGUUUGUCUCUCCACGUGUCACUCACUCUCUCCAUUGCCGCAUCUCUCGCGACAAAACAAAAAGAUUCCCCUUUCCGAACCGGUCGGUGUGGGCGCCCAGCCGGCCAUGAAUACAUAUAGCCGUAUGCACCGCCACCGGCCAAAAAGGCGAAAAAAAAAGGGAAGCCAUCUCAUCACACACACGGAGCUAGGUCGUGGGCCAUGGCAGGACGACCAGCUGCUCGAUGGUACACAUAAAUACGCAGCAUGCAUAUGCUCUCGCUCUCUGUGUUCAGUGCUUGUGCGUGGUAGCGAGCCACAGAAGAACGGGGCAGGCAGCCAAAUCGACACAGACAGCCAGUUAGUUAGUUACACGCGCACUCAGGCGGCCACUCUUUCGGCAACACAGACGGACAGACAGACAGACAGCGGCAUUCCAUUCAUUCAAACCGACAUGCACAGCAGAUUGCAUUCAUGCCAUGAAUGGAGUGGGUGUUUCUGUGUGCUGGUAUGGUAUAUUCGUCUGUCUCUGUCUCUCUCACUUCCACUCAGUCAGUCAGCCAUCCAGCCACUCGUACGCACACCCGACACCAAUCAGCCAAGGGGCGGCCAAAAAGACGUCCCAAUUCGUUAGUUAGUUAGUUAAUUCUGCCCUCCUCGUGUACCCUUGCUCGAGGAGAGAGUGGCAGACACAACCGCCAUUAAAUGCGAUGCUCGAUAUCGCAGCACAACAGACGGGACAGGCCGAUCCUAUUGCACACACACAGAGGCAGUCAGUUGACUAAGGGAGAGGGAGAGGGAGAAAUGUGGUUAAGAUAUAGGAAGAUGUGCUUGUUGUGUUCGGUGCGCUUAUGCGUGGGAGUGAGAGCCUCGCUUGCUGACGAAGAAAAAGCCUCGCUCAGACCAGACUAUCCUCAUCUGACAUUCCAUGCAGCAUCCAUCCAGCAGCCAGCCCAGGCACAACACAUCUGGGUCGGUCAAUCUAUGGCAGCCCCUCAGCCAGGCCAUCCAUCCAUCCAUCCAUCCCCCAGCCAGUCCCCGUGUGUUGGCCUGUCUGUCUUCACUCUUGGUAGGUGGCCUUGGCAGCCGCCCCCCACAGGAUCGCCCCCAUCAGCCCGUCGCCGUAUCCGGCGCGCACCGCGGCAAUGCCCGUAGAGGCGCAGGGCAGCAGCCGGGUCUCGCGCCACUCGUGGGUGAUGGCGCUGCCGAUCAUGACGGGCAGGUAUCCCAUGGACCGGUACUUGGCGUACUCGGCCGGCUCGACGGGUCCGGGCGGCGACGGGCAGAGGUUGACCAUCUCCAGCCCGUCGCCAGGCCGGCUGGAGAAGGCCUCGAGCUUGCGGGUGUGCGGGCCGCUCAUGACCCAGCCGAUGACCACGUGGCCGCCACACGCCAGGUGGGUGACGUAGAUGAGGGUGCUCUCGUCGAUACACGUCCCGCCCAGCCCGACGGUGGCUUCGGUAGUGCGGAAGAAGGCCUCGAAUGGCACCAUCUCGGGCGACACGACGGGAGGAGGGUCGUACGAUGUGCAGUUGGUGACCUGUGUGAAAAACGGGAUCAUGGCGCCUGGUGUGGCGGGUUGAAAAGGGUCAUACUCACCUUCUCGACAGGGUCAUCGGCAGGUGGCACAUGCACGGCGUCCAACGACUGAAGGCCAUCCCCAAAACGUCCUGAUGCGCACAGCCACACAGACAACCACACAUGGCUUCUUAGGUGGUGGGUGUGCUGUGUGUCGCAUAUGCGGGUGUACCAGUAGGUGUGGCGUCGGGCUUGAUCUCUGGCGACGAGUCGUCCUUCGUCGAGGCCGCAGACAGAGUGCUGAAGACAACGAAAGGAACAGACGCCAUGUGAGCCCAUCGAUGGGCACACCUCUCUUCCUGACAGUGCUUUGGCCGGGCGUACCUGACUUUGCGCUCGACUUUGCGCCACACCGUCCUCCCACGUCCACGGCGCUUCGUCAAAGAGCGUCCCUGAAGCAUGCAGUGUGUAACAGGCGAUAGGCACAGCAAUGCAUCGGGACGGGCAUGCAUGUCCUCUGGCAGCCCCGAGUCCGUCUCCUCCUCACCUUGGCAGUCAUCGCACUCACCAGCGGCAUCCCGUCAACAAUAAGGGCGAAACAGAAGCAAAACAGAAGAGAACGGUCGAGUGAAGGAACGUGAGUAGCUUCAGUGGGUCAAGAGUUAAGAGCCAGGCCUGAGAAACAGCCUCAACACGUUCCAAC